GUAUUAGAUUGCGCAUUAAAGAUCGAGGAUUGCGAAUUGAAGAAUCCAUUUUAUUUUACUCUCCAAUUCGUAGUUUUCAAUUUUCUAUGCAUAAGCUGAUACGCUUAAUUCGAGUUUCUGUCCAAUCCGCUCAAAAAUUUUAAUUUUUUUUUUUCACAAGAAGGAAAGAAGGGGAAAAAAUAAGGAAAUGUAAUUCACGAAAUGGUUUUUCGUUCGCCGCGUGGCGAAGUAAUCGCGGAUGCGCCCGUCGCAUCAUUCGGCUCACUUUAUCGCGUCGAUUAGAGGCGUGUCCGGAUGGGCAGGAUGUGGCGGCGGUUAUCCGCAGAUUCGAGUGUCCCCGCGGCAACAGACGCGGCGGCAUUGGCGAUUGUUGUCGUUGCUGACGGUGGCGCUGUCGUCUCGCUGCCAAAUCGCGCCGCCUCGACGACCGUGAGAGCGCCGGUGCGCCGGAUUCUCGUCUGUUUUUGUAAAUAGUUGUACCUCAUUUACGCUGGUUUUACGCGUGCAGCGAUCGCGUCCGGAGCGCCCGACGUUCGCCGACUGAUAGAUUCCCGUCCGUCGCAUCUUCGUGGACCGCAUUUCCGCAGUGUCCCACCGUGGACGGUGUCCCGGCGAUAAGGAAGAAGUCAGCCGCUGCCGCCGACCGAGUUCGCGAACUUUCCCCGGAAAAAAUCUUGCGCGAGUGUUUGAAUUAAGUGGCGAUAAUAUGGCGCCGAAAUUAUGACCGGUGGUCGCACGUCGGGGGAGCCAGGCGUGGUUGUUUGAGGAAGAACCAGCCACCCUGUCUAUGUUAAAUGAUAAUGAGUUACGUGCUCUGCUGGAUGAAGCUAUAACUUACAAACGUCCAAAAGAUCGGGAAGGAAAAUCCAAUCUUUUUAAAAAUUAUGUGUAUGCUUCACAGGAACUUUUACAAGAAGCAGAAGCGGAUGAGACUGAGGAAGGCCGUAGAGUGAUAUCUAAUUCACGCUGUCUUCCAGGCUCAAAUCGCAGAAGGCAUAAACGAGAGUCUGUCUCCGAGCGUUUGACACAUGGCGGAUCAUUGCAAAAUUUAGCCCAACCUCUAGCCUCUGAAUUCGACAGUAGUUUUGCUUAUCUAACGUCUAGCUCGUGUCAUACUUACGGAAGCAGUAGGAGAAAGAACAAAAAAUAUACAGGACCCAGUGUCUCUGCUAGACAGAGGGAAGGUGGCUCGUUACCGUCGAAUGUAAAUGCAUCGCAUAACCUUGCCUCUUUGGCUAAUUUAGAUCUAAUAUUCGAUAAAAAGAAAAACUUCUGCGAGGAACGAUCGGCUUAUGACUGGACCAAUAAGGAAAAAUCCAAGUCUUUAGACAAACCGUCAUUAGACAACCGACACACCAGCACGAAGAAAGACGAUAAGGAGAAGGAAAAGAAGGAACUGAAAAGAGACACCACUAAUUCAGUCGAGGCAGAGUCUGAGACACAUGAGAAACGAGUCAACAAGGGAAAAUACGGAACAAAUGACAUGUUGGAGCCUGAUAAUUCACCUCCAGAAUAUAAACCGGAUUACACGGAUCGGAUUAUCGACUUGGGCGAUAUUGAGGUAGGUGCUAUCAGUGAAAGAAAUGUAGGAUCUGCGACGAGUGGGAUUCAAAGGCCUCGUUCAUUAGACACCGAAAAUGACGAAGGGACCGAACUGAAAAUUAUUGAACCGCGAAAACCCAUACAUUAUGUUACACGAGCGACUUUCGAUAUAACUCAGACCUGUGGACAGACACCUGUGGACACCACUAUAGAAUUUCCCAUACGUGAUCACAAGCAAGAAAAAUCAAAAAUGUCUGUUACUGGUACGGAGGUGACGGGGGCAUUGUUUCAACCACACAACAGCGUAAAAUGCGGUAUAGGUGGGGCUUCAAAUGGUUCUAGCACUAGCCAGAGCAAACUUGUACCUAGUUUAUGCUCCGUGAUGCCGGCAUCUUGGCAAACGCAGAAUCUAGCAAUGGAAGGCUCUAGGUAUACAACGCAGCACAUUGCGAUGAAAGAGCCAUCCGUGUCAGGAGAGAAAAAGUCGUUGGACGAAAAUGGAAACGCAGUACAGACUUACAAUGGUGAACGAAAGAAACCCCGAAGAAAACACACUCAGGAACACAAUGUCAAGGUUUAUAAUGCUGAAAAUGUCGAGGGCCAUCGUAACGAGGAUAUCGAUAGUCUAAUUAAUUUCAUUGAGAAUAAAGAAUCUAAGAGCAAAAAAGGAAAGACCAGUAAUCCCGUUAGAGUAAAGACUAGUUCUGGCACAAAACCAAGAACCAGAGAGAAAGAUACGAAGAGAGAACAGUUGCCUUCCAAAUUGAAGAAGUCUAAUUCCCUGGAAGAGAUCUCGAAGACGAAAUUAGAGGAUCUCACGACGGAGAAGAGUGUUAGUUCCAGCGGUGCCAGCAGUGUGUCCAGUCAACAUGGCGUAAAUAUAGCAUUGCGACGUCCAAAGCAAAGAAGCAUCGGAGAUGCGACAGUUGAUAGUCGGGGCGACAGGCGAUCCUGGGGAACAGAGGAAGGUCAAUCGAUAUAUUGCAACGACACGGGAGAAGACUAUAUGAGUCGUCGUAAUUCCAACAAAAAAAUUAAUCCAGAACCUGAACAUGAAACGGAGUUUUUGGUAGUUACGAAAAAGAAAAAGAGCAAAAAGCAAAGAAGAAGCUCCAGUGGCGGCAGGGCACAAAACCUAACAACGUCGGGAUCAUAUCUCCAGAAUUCCAGAGGAUUCUCUAACGACUACAGGACACCUCUUUCGCCCGAACUCCGAAGAAAAUCGGCUAGCAGUAUGCCUCCGAGCGACAAGUCGGCUGAUAGUAGCGAUUUGGAUUCAGUCCACUCAUUGCCAGUUACGUCGAAUACCUCGAAGCACAAUCUGUCUAAAAUCGCGACAUCAUCGGGUGGCACUCCGCAGGCGAGUUACGCGGAUAUAGCGCGCAUGGCUACUAUCAAUAUGUCGCAUAAUCUGCCCAUACUGAGCACAUCGUCGUGGCCCAGUGUUCCGCCUAAGACUCCUUCAGAACCGGAUAAAGUGCCUCAAGAUUAUUAUCCGAGUCUUGACGAAUUGCAGCAUCCGGAGAGAAAAGCGAGGCAACAACAAGGACAAAUGAAUCACGCAGCAGCGAGUUUAAGUUUGGCUUUUGAGAAGCCACUUUCGCCGACUUUGAAAAUGAAAAAUUCGUCGGAUAGAAAGAAAGCCGAGGCUCAGGAAGAGGCCAUCAAUAAGAACAUUCAAGUGUUUAAAUAUGUGCAAGACAUCGAGAAGAUGCACGAAAGCCUAACGCAAGCGACAGAGCAGAAGGAACAGAAACAUGGGACUUCCAACAAUUAUAGCACGAAUUCAAUCGAGAAUACCACGACAAGUACCGUAACGCCAAGAUACAAUAAUAGUACAACGAUAAAUUAUAAUCCAGUCGAUACUGACAACAAUCCUAACUGUACCGUCAACAAUAAAGAUGCUGUUACGUUUCCACGAGUCAGCAAUCCUCGCUCUCGUAGAAAUUACGUACACAGUAAUCAAAAUGUACAAGUUCAGGGAUCGUACGAAGAACAUGUUAAAAAGCCCGCGACUUCCUAUCACGAGGAAACUGUCAAGAAGUCGCAUAAUAUCGAGUCUGUCUCGCAGUCCGAGAGCAGAACUAAUUCAACAAUCGCGUCGAACGACGGCGCGGAUGGGCAAAAGUUGAAAACUACAAAACCUCCACAGGACUCGCAGAGUAUUGAGCCUGAAUCUGGCGGUAACAACAAAAUGCUCAACGAUCCGAGGACAGCGAGGGUCGCGAAGGAGUAUCAGAGCACUACGGUGAAGCAUGAUGCGGUGAAAGUGGGAGUCAGUCAACCUCAAAGCUCGAAGCAAGAUAAUCCGCAGCGCGAAGCAGACGCUGAAAACAAGAAGACGAAGUCGCAGAACACGCAGUCCGAUAAAGACCAAUCACAGAGACCGUCCACGGAAACGCAGCAGGUAAAGAACUCUACUCCUAGACCAGCUGUAAUCCUGUUGGACGAGACCUCCUCGGACAUCGCGAAGAACAACAAUCUGCCGACUGAGCUCACGUUCGGUUUCGAAAUAAACGAGCUGCUGCUUUCGGAGGACAAUGGCAACGAGGAAACCCCGACAAUAGUAGCGAACCCCGCUUUUCCACCGGCCAUACCUCCGCUCAACGUCAACAAACCGCCACCCAACAGCAGUUUCGAGAGGAAUCCGCCAUUGUUUGCCGAGAAACCCGUGAGAUACGACAAGUUCCCGUCAAACUAUCACAUGCAGCAGCCGAACGCUCCUUCUCAUUCUGUGCCGCCUGUGCAUCCAGUCAUGGUGCAAUCGUUGCCGUACAUGAGUUAUCCUACCAGAUUCGCGCCACCUACGUACCUGCCACCGCCGCCUCCACCACCGCCUGGAAUCAUGGAGAAGUUUCAUCCGCCUAAGGAAGAUUUCUCCAUGCUUUAUGUAGCGCCCGAGGAAGAGCUGAAUGUGCAGACGUAUAAUCACGACAAGAUCGUGUCGUUCGUUAACUUAGCAUGGGAAUCUGUCAUGAAAGAAAUGCCAGUAACAACAACCGGUCGCAUACAAUUCUAUAGCGGACAGUGAAGUGAAAGUUUUUGAUGCCCAAAGGCAAUGACAGUAACUUUUGUACUGAUAAAUCACUUCCAUUGCAAAUAGUUAGUUCGAUGAGUCUCGAUCAGCAUCGAUACGCGAGACCAAGUAUUCGUACGUGUACGAUUGUUUCUCUCUUUUUCUCUUUCUCUCUUUCUUUCUCGAGACGAGAGAAAUUCGUUCAGAGAGGAUAGUCCGUCUUGCUUCUUUGAGUCAAACGCUGAGUCAACGCGCGAGAUCAGUGGAGCCGAGUGGUGCAAAGUGUGCCUCAAGAGAUAAUAAUAGCAAUGUACAUAUAAUCAGUUAACAAAACUGGGAGAACAGAGGAAAAGGAGUAAAGUGUAUAUUCCAGCAAUGUACUUGCGUAAAUUUCCAACGAUGGUGACAGUGUUGCAGAACUUCAGUAUUGACAAUUAGAAACGUUUAAACGGAAAAUAUCUCUUUCUUGAAAGAGAAAGAAGGAGAUGCAUCCUGUUUCUUUGAAUAAAGGGAACUUCCAGCGUACGAGUCACGCGUGUACAUACGUCAGAUAUCUCUAUAAAUUUUUGAAGAGUGUCUUGGUUUAUAUAACGGGUGUAUAAUUUUAAAAGAGUGCUUCGAAGAAAACGCUGUGAAAAGAUGGAUUUGUAAUAACGAGAUUUACACCAUGAAGCGAGACCGGAUGGAAGAACCUCAUGUAUCAACAGUGGUAUCUGCUGGUGCCUUUGGAGUUGGGAAUCUUUAAACGGGUUCAGUGGAGAAACGUUGAAGAAGCCUGCAACUUUAAUCACAUCGAGUCGAAAAAUUCUAUGAGAAGUACCGUUAGAAACAUCUGUAUGUAAGUAAGUAGUUUCGAAAACUGGAACGAUAUUAAAUCGACAACAAUGGAAGAUUAAUGAAUCAGCGAGUUAUGAUUGGUGAGUCGAAAUAUGAUGAAAAUUGGGAUAUGUAGAGAUAUUGUACUUUACUCGAUAAAUGCAAAUUAAGAUGUGCGAACUGUAAAUCAGAGAGAUAUAAAUACGGUUGUGUAAUAUAUUGAGAUAGUGUGGUUGACUUAGAACUCAGAGUGGCUAUUUCUUCCAGUUGUGAAGCAUUCGAUAGCUUAAAGUAAUAAAGAAAAAAAGCGGUCACUGA